AUGUCAACUCACACCUUAACCACAAUCAUCCCAAUGAGUGCCGAUGAUUUCUACGCCAUUACAGAGACACAUGAAUUCGAUCAGUUUUGUAUUCCAUAUCUUGGUUUAAAUUCACAUGAACUUAAAGAAGAAAACGAAGAUGAAUCAAAUAUUUACAGAAGAGUUUGUAUAAAACCAAAGACUAGUGUACCAAAGUUCCUUUUAAAGUUUGCCAAUAAUCAAUCAGAAGUUUCAUACGAAGAUACUCAAGUUAAAUCUAAAAUCAAGAGAGAAAUUUCUUUCAAGACAAAUCCACCUCUUUUACCUGAAAAUAUCAAUGUUGAAGGAGUUAUUAAUAUUGAACCAUUAGAUGAUAAUUCAUGUUUAAAGGUACACAAGGUUACAUUUAAAUUCACAGGUGCACUUCAAUGGUUCUCUUCAAUGAUUGAAAAUAAUAUUUUGUCGGAAUUGAAAAAGACGAUGGAAUUGUUGCCCAAGAUCAUUGCAGACUAUAAGAAAUAUUUGAUUGAAAAGGGUAUCCCUAUCAAGACAUUUACCUAUCAAAAGGGUGUUUCCAUCUUGUCUGUUGCUCCACAACCAGCACAAAUUGAAGCUGUAGCCAUUGAAUCUGUCAUAUCAGCUCAACCAAAUGGUCAACAACAACAACAAGCUGUAGUUGAAUAA